UUUUUGAUCCUUUGUUCCCCAAAGUAAGCAUUCAUCAUCAUUUUACAUCUACUUGUACUCUUUGUGUAGGUUAACCGAUUUCCCAACGAACCAUCGGAAGUGAUUUUCCCUCGUCUAUGUAUUCCCAACGCUAGAAGACCAACACAAUAAGGUUGUUCUGAAGGAGUUACUUGUUUUGAAUUCAUCAACAAUUAUUCGACGUAGGCGUAAUAUUUGUUCUCUUUCAUUACUGACUCUUAUUAACCACUCCUAUUUUUCAUUAUCAAGAGCAUCAAUUUCACUUUCUCAAGAGCAUCAAUUUCACUUUCUACUUUUGACACACUAGUUCGACAAAAUGCCGCUCCCCGGUUUCCUCGGUUUUCUCCGCAAGUUCGACCCCUCUGCUUGCAAGGCUCAGUUGCGUAUGGCAGCUGGCCGUGCCAAGAUCCAGAAGAGUCGCACGAUCGCUGCCACCAAAAACCUGCAGAAAGAAGUUGCUUUAUUGCUGAAAGAUGGCCAAGAAAGCAGAGCAAAGAUCAAGGCAGAACAGAUCCUGCAGAACAUCAACCUCUGCGAUGCUCUAGAUUUGUUGGAUACUAUGAGCGAACUGCUGUUAACGAGGAUUCAUUUUAUCGCGGAACAAAAGGAAUGUCCUCCGGAUCUUGUGGAAACGUACUUUCAUUUUAUUGAAUUUUUGCUCGUAGCUACCCAAGAUUAAAUGAUAUCGUCGAUAGAUGACAACUCCUACUCCUUUUUAUCAUGUUCAACGUCGUUAAGUAUAUUAUAAUCUUGUUCCUCGUUGGCUUACAAGUUCUACUCUUUUGUGGGAUCUUGUCACAUCGAUUCAUCCUGCCGGUAGGUGCAGCAAACCUAUUUAGGAUGCACAGAAUAUUAGAAUACGAUCACACGACUCAAUGAUUCCAAAAAUGCACCACAGCGUCCAGACUAUCCUGUACGCUGCAAGCCGUUGCCACGUCGAAGAACUACAAAAAGUUGUGGACCAGUUCCAAGCGAAGUAUGGUGCCGAGUUUGUGAACAUCGCCAAAAAGGAUGAAAAAGGCUUGGUCCAUCAGCGAAUGGUGAAACUCCUCUCAGUGCGACCACCAACUCCUGCUGAGAUUGUCUCUAUCUUGAAAGAUGCUGCGACAUUUUACAGAGUAGAGAACUGGGACUCAAUUGGCUUAGAAGAAUGGGCAGAGGAUAUGAGAAAGCAAGAGGAAGCGAGAGCACAAGCACCGCAUAUGAACACUUUUAGUGGGGUGCCGACAAUUGGUGGACCAGGAGGGCAAGCAGGUGGACAGGCUUCACAGCAGAUGGGAAUGGGAGUCCCAAAAAUGAAGCCUAGUAUGAUGGAGCCAGAGGUAACGAUGAUUCAACAUCAAAUUAGUGGAUUAAAUUUCGACAUGGCAGCAGCACAAGCGCAACCUCAUCCUCAACAACCAACGAUGCAGCCCGUGGCUCCGGUUGUACAGCAACAGCCUACUUCUUUUUCAUCACCAGCAGCAUCCGUACAACAACUACCUCAACCCACUUCUUCUUUUGCCAGUUCAACAGGCAGUAGUUCCUCCUCCAACUUAUCCCAAUCAACAAAUAGUGGAAUCAAUGCCUUGAUCUCCGUGCCCUCAAGCACGGUGACUUCGUUCCCUGCUUCACCGCUCCUGUCGAAUGUCCAAAAUCAGCUAGCCUAUCAUGCGGAAUCAACGGAGCCGUUUGUGAUGGCCACGGUGCCCCAGGGAUAUGGCCCAGGCAUGACUCUUUUGGUGCGAACGCCUUGUGGACGCACAUUAAGUGUCAUUCUGCCGGAGAUGACACAACCAGGACAGACGAUCCAAAUACCAAUUCCACGACAAGAAAUAAUUACGGCCUCACAAGUAGAGGAGAAGACGCACCAGACAACUACCACGACAGCCGCAUAUUCUUCAACGACAGCAGGAGCAGCGACAACUGGUGCUAAUAGAAGUCUGCUAGUACCAGAAUUCGGAACUGCUCCGCAAGCAGGUGGCAUCCACUCCAACCUGGGCAGCAUUGGACCCGAUUAUCCAGAGGCUGUUGGCGGUACGCUGUUGACUGCUGACAAUGGCUUCGUCAAUUUCAGUUUUGGGUCUAACGGCAAUGGGGCUCAUUCUCACAGAAACGUACCAGUUGUUCCAACACCAUCUUUCGCUGGACUUGUUGGAAGCGGAGACAACAAAAACCUAAUGAAUCCUAGUUCUUGUGCGCCAACUCCAAUGUUUGGCAGUCCUUGCAUCACAGCAUCUUCAGACAUCAUGGAUGGACAGGAGAAGCAACCGGACAAUCUUGCUUCAUUACUUGCGGCAAACUGUAAGGAAGUUCAGGAACAACAAGAACAAGCUAAUCAGAUGAAAGGACCUGCGGAAGCGUCACCUGGAGGAGAAAUUGCUGUAGUAAGACCACAAGAACCACUAGACGUUGGAGUUGUAAAUAAAGUAGAGACGAGUCAAGCUUCUACUAAAGUAGUAAAUAGAGUAGAGAACGAUGCUUCUGCAGUUGGCGUAGGUGGGGACUCCGAUGAUUUGGAUGAUCUAAUGAGAAGAUUUAAAGCUUUACAGGAAGACUAA